CUUCCAUUCCAAAGGCUGUUUGGGAGGGGGGUGGUGGGUUGGUUUGGGGUGUGCGCAACUUAUUAGCCACCCUGGCUCACGUUAGCCACUUUCACCCCAUCCCCACAGCCACAAGCCACAAAAACCACCCCCACCUAAGCGGUGGCCUAGAUCUCAAAAUCAGCCGCACACCCCUCCCCCACCUAAAACAUGUCACCAAACACCACUUUCUCCACCACCACCACCACAUCACCCCCCAACCCCCCCACUCCUUCCACUACUCCUGUUCCCAAACACCCCCCUUUUCUCUCCUCCUCCUCUUCCACCUCCUUACCCCACCUUCUCUUCCUCGCCCUUCUUCCUCGUCCUCCCCACUUUCUAUCCUGCGCCGCCUCCCUUAUCCUUAUCCCUAUCCCCUCCCUCUCUAAUUUCCUCUGCCAACCCUUUUUCUUCUUCUUGCUAACGUGCACCGUGCCCCUCUUAUCCUUCGCCCUCUUUUCCAAGAUCGUUCCUUUUUUGUUUCCAUGGCUUCUCCACCUUCUUCGCCUCCAGAUUCCUCCCCUGUAACCCCUGUGGGCCCGCCUCAGGCUCUUCCUCUUGCUUUACCUGCGCCGCCGCAAGCCCAGCUUCCAGCUCAGCCCCAGCUGCCGCAGGCGCCGCCGUCGACGACGUCCUCCCGGCGGCUUCCCCCUCCGUGUUGGUCCCACGACGAGACCGUGGCUUUGAUCGAUUCGUACCGCGACAAGUGGUACUCCCUCCGGCGAGGAAAUCUGAAGGCGACCCACUGGCAGGAAGUCGCCGACGCCGUGGCCCGACGGUGUCCCGCUGCUACUCCGCCGAAGACCGCCGUUCAGUGCCGGCAUAAGAUGGAGAAGCUCCGGAAACGGUACCGGACCGAGAUCCAGCGUGCCCGAUCCAUGCCCGUCUCUAGAUUCGUCACGUCAUGGGUCCACUUCGUGCGCAUGGAUUCGAUGGAGAAGGGUCCGAAGGCUGCGAAGCCCGAGAAUUCCGAUAGUGCCGGCGAGGACGACGAUCACGACAACGAUGACGAAGAGGACGAUCAGGAAUUGUACGACGAAUUGAAAUAUGGGUCUCACACGAAGAGCAUGAAUAGGUUAUACAGAAACGGAAUUGGGGGUAGUGGUGGGGGUUCGAAUUCUAGUAGUAGUGGGUUUAGGAUCAGAAUCCCAACUGGGGUUAGUAUAGCUCAGCCUGGAAAUAAGAACUAUGUCAAGGUUGAUUCGAAGUUUGGGUUGAACCAGAAUAGCAAUUCUAAUUCCGUGCCUAAUUUUGGGGUGGCUGCGAAAGUUUUGAGAGAUUGCGGUUCGGGAAAACCUGGCGUACUGGGGAAGAGGGAAAAGGACCCAGUAACCGAAAUGGUGAAUGCUAUUAAGGUUUUGGGAGAUGGUUUUGUGAGGAUGGAGCAGAUGAAGAUGGAGAUGGCGAGAGAGAUCGAAACAAUGAGGAUGGAUAUGGAGAUGAAACGGACAGAAAUGAUAUUGGAGUCGCAGCAGAGGAUUGUGGAAGCUUUUGCCAAAGCAGUCUCGGAGAAGAAGAAGAAGACAAAGAGAAUGCCAUCGCCGGAGUCUUAGAUAAUAAUUGCCAUUGAAGAUUAGAUAGGCCUCUUUUAUUUUAUUCAUUCCCAAAUGGGUUUUUCUUAUUUUGUUGUGUUUUAUUUGGCACAACUGAGAAUUCCCCAAAAGGCUGUUGGAUGUAAAGCUUAUGGGUUUGGUCCUUUUUUUAUGUCUUCUGUAAUCUGAGUUUUAGCGGUUCUAAUGUCAUGAUUAGUACUGUGCUUUUGUUCCACUGUUUCUACUAUCGAACAAUGGUGUAGUUGAUCAGUUUAAUUUCUGUUUUUGGUAUGAAUGUAGAAUGUAGAUUAAUCUGAACUUAGAAGUUCUAAUUUCCUGUUUA